GUGCCAGGGCACGCGCCUCGACACGACUUGAACGAGCGACGGACACACCUCCCCGGCGCCUCCUCCCCUCCGUCAUCCCGCGUUGCAUGCUGGGACGCCAAGUUUAUCAUCGUUCGGGAAAAGAUGGCAGACGUGCAGCCGCCACCCCUCCGGAGCCUGGACGAUUUUCUCCUGAGCUCGGCCCGCUUCGCCGUGCCCGACGUGCGCGACCUGGACCGCUGGAACAACCGCAUCAUCAACAACCUGCUGUACUACCAGAGCAAUUAUUUCCUGUCCGCGCUGGGCCUCCUGCUCAUAGUGGGGUAUUUCCAGCCCUUCCAGCUGUUUGUCGGGGCGACUGUGGUCACCUUGUUGUUCGUGGGCUUUGUCUGGGCUGCCGAGAAUCAAGCUCCCAUUCGACGUUUCCGCAGAAACCACCCAGCAAUCGCCUUGUUGGCCAUUCUUUUGGCCAGUUACCUCUUCAUAUCUGUGCUGGGAGGCGUGGCUGUGUUCCUGUUUGGGAUAGCUUUCCCUAUACUGAUGGUUCUGGUCCAUGCAUCGGUGAGGCUGCGCAGCCUGAAGAACAAACUAGAGAACAAACUGGAGAGUAUUGGUCUGAAGAGGACACCCAUGGGGCUGUUUUUAGAGGCCUUGGGACAGGAACAGGAGGCUGGAUCCUAGAAAGAAAAAGGAAGAUGAGGUGUGCAGGGUGGGGAAGGUUUGGGUACCAUCUGAUGAAAUUGCAAUAAAAAAUGAAUGUAAGGUAGGUGUGAAAAUUGGUGGAGAGAAGAAACACAGGAGAAGCAGAGAAUUACUGCAGGGCAAGAGGAAGGAGAAAAACAAAUCUGAAGAACAAAAUGAAGGGUUUAGUUUGUUGUAGAAAGAGCUAAUUGGAAGUCUACAGGGAAGGAAGGGUCUCAUUCUGUGUUCCACUAGAAACAGAACAGAUGCCAUAUUUAGGGAUUCAUCAUAAUCCACAAAGGAUCAGAGCAUUCCUGGUCUGUUUGCCAAACUUUGCACUUUAAGCUCACUGUUUUGUUUGAUUGAUUUUGACAUGAUGCAAUUCUGUCUUUGCACUACAUUCUAUAUGUAUGCAGUGUCAUAGCUAAAUGGGCAUAUUCACAUUGACCCAUGAGGUGAUAAAUAAUGAAAGGUUCUGCACCUUAAGCCAUUGUCUAUGUACACACUGACUAGGUUUUUGUGUGUACUCUGCCUACAUCCAUUAUAUUAACAUUGAUCUGUGUUGCGUCUUAACGUCACAAAUAUGAAAUUGAAAGUCAUAACAUUAAAAAAAAGGUUUAAUAUUUUGAGAAUAAAGUUGUAAUUUUACAAGAAAAAGUGACGUGUUCUGUGCUACAGAUGAUCGUUCAAAACGGUCCAGGUAUGGACUCGCACUUCCUGUAACUGGUUUCUAUCAGUAUUCUUUCCAUCAGCACUUUGACGAUGAAGCUGUUAUUCAGAGAAGAACCUACAUUCAGGAUAUCCUUAUCUCUUGACAUGUUAAAACUGACUGUCUUUAUUGUAAAGAUAUUUACUUUUUGAUAAAAUUACAACUUCAUACAACCUUAAUUUGACAGCUUUUUCUUGUAAAAUUACAACUGUGUUUUUGAAAUGAUCAACUUUUUUGCAGUUAAGACGCUACUCUCAAAACUUUUUCUCACCUUAGAGUGGUUCUUAUUCUUCAUCAUCCAGAGCCAUGUGAUUUAUUUUCUUCCUGCUAAAUGACAACUUCAGGGUCUCGGUCUACAAUAAUGGAUGACCAAAGUUUUGAUGCUGUGCUCUAGAGUUGGUUAAAAUGAAGCAAAAUCCUGUUCCACUGACUAGCUCGGAUGGAUGUAUUUAGCUGAGCAGACGGUUGUUACCUUACAGGCAGGACCAAAAUCAUAACACUCCUGUAAUGUUGAAGUCGGGUGACCCGCAUUAACUGACUUCAGAUGAAUUCCCUUUUAUUUUAAUGUUUAUAAUGUGUCAUGUCGUGUUGAAAAGUGACUUAAAUGCUUAAAUUAGAUGAUGAUAGAAGGUAAGAGGAGGGUUUAUAUGAAGUUUAUAACAAAUCUGAUUAGCCGCUUCAAUCUAAGACUCUGUGUUGAGCGUGUUCUAGAUGAAGGAACAGCGAGAGCGGAAGUGGCAUGUGAAGGAAACAAAUCCUCUGCUUUAAACAAAUCAUUUUAGAAACCACAUUUCUAAGCCUGUAUUUACCCAGAAUAGAAGGCUUCACUCACAGAGCUGCCCAUUACAGUGCUCCACUGCUGGUCAGUGGGAGUUGCCCAGUUUCCCAGUGCUGGCAAGUGGGAGAAGCCCAACUGGAGCAAAUGAAUUACUUUGAAUUUACCCAUAAUUCUUUUAUAACUUUGUUACCACGAAUAACCACUAGCCAAUAAAGUGUUUGUCUCUCUGCCAACACUUGUGGUAACUGUAGUUUCCAAGUCUCUCCUUGUAAAUUGCUCGUUCUAGCCAUGCUAGGUUCAGGGACACGAGAGUCGGCUGGUCAUUCAGUCUCCUUGGUCCAGACUAAAAUACACUUUUUGGAUGGACUGCAAGUUCUAUAGAGGCCUAUGAGAACAUGUCUAUAUUGACUGUAGUGAUCCUGGAGAGACUCUGAGUAUUUU